AGUUUGUGUAAUUAUUCAUCAAUCAGUGCCCUAUAAAACUCAUUUCCUCACGUUACCAACAUUUCCUCUGCGAAUUUUUCAUUUUUCCUCUUCACUUUUCCAAGUAAUAAAGCUUUCCCCUCGAGUUACGCAGGCAGGAGGAUCUAAUCUUUCUCUCAGGAAUCGCUUAUGGCUUCAAAGCGGAUCUUGAAGGAGCUCAAGGAUCUUCAGAAGGAUCCUCCUACCUCUUGCAGUGCUGGCCCUGUUGCUGAGGACAUGUUUCAUUGGCAAGCUACAAUCAUGGGUCCUCCAGAUAGCCCAUACUCUGGUGGAGUCUUCCUAGUUACCAUUCAUUUUCCUCCAGACUACCCUUUCAAGCCUCCUAAGGUUGCUUUCAGGACGAAAGUUUUCCACCCAAAUAUAAACAGCAACGGGAGCAUAUGCCUCGACAUAUUGAAGGAGCAGUGGAGCCCUGCGCUAACUAUUUCCAAGGUGUUGCUUUCCAUAUGCUCUUUGUUGACUGACCCAAAUCCUGAUGAUCCUUUGGUGCCUGAAAUUGCCCAUAUGUACAAAACUGACAGGUCCAAGUAUGAGACUACUGCAAGGAGCUGGACUCAGAAGUAUGCCAUGGGCUAACCAUGUUUGGUAUGGACGAGGGGAUAGCCCGCCCUUACCUUAAAAUACUUCGGUCUUACAUUUUAUGUAUGAAAUAGUCUGAUCUAUCUUUUGAAGUCUUAAAUUUGGACUAAAUAGAGGUCCAAGAUGUGCUCUGAAGAAAAGGAAAGACAUGUUGCUUUCAAACUGUUUGUAUGUGUAGUUCAUCUUUGAAAUGUUUCCUACAAUUUUAUAUCGUGCA